GAUAAACUCUAGGGUUCCAGUUUGACUCCACUCGUCAUCUAUACGCACUGCGAUGUUCCACCACCUUGCCGCCCACAUCCUCCGCAACCCGACCACCGUCACCACCCUCAUUACCAUUAUCACCACGUCAAUUAUCACCAUUUUUAUCUGAGGAAGUAAAUCAUCCUAUCUUUCUGUUUCAAAGUAUUCUCAGUCUGUUGAAAGAUGUCUUUGGCGUAUCAGCAAAUGUCUGCUUUCAAGAGCUGUAAUUCCUGGGCAAAUGACGCUGCUUUCCGAUUUGUACGCCCAAAUCCGUCAACCACUUGCAAUAGGAGGGCAAGAUGGAUUUCCCCAAAAGCAGCUGUAAUCCCCAAUUUUCAUCUACCCAUGCGCAGUUUUGAAGUAAAGAACAGGACUUCUACAGAUGAGAUCAAGUCUCUGAGGUUGAUAACUGCAAUUAAAACCCCAUACUUACCCGAUGGGAGGUUUGAUCUAGAGGCUUAUGAUGCCUUGGUCAAUAUGCAAAUUGAAGGCGGGGCUGAUGGAGUGAUUGUAGGUGGGACCACUGGUGAAGGCCAGUUGAUGAGUUGGGAUGAACACAUCAUGCUCAUUGGCCACACCAUCAAUUGCUUUGGCAUGUCAAUCAAGGUCAUAGGAAACACCGGAAGCAACUCAACUCGAGAAGCUAUCCACGCAACUGAACAGGGCUUUGCUGUUGGAAUGCAUGCUGCUCUUCACAUCAACCCUUACUACGGGAAAACCUCGCUCGAAGGCAUGGUUUCUCACUUCAAAUGCGUCCUCCCAAUGGGGCCCACGAUCAUCUACAACGUACCAUCCCGAACCGGCCAAGACAUCCCGCCAUCCGUCAUCCAGUCUCUUGCCGAAAGCACCAACUUGGCUGGUGUCAAAGAAUGCAUGGGACACGACCGAAUAAAAACAUACAGAAAAACCGGCAUUACGGUUUGGAGCGGCAAUGAUGACGAGUGUCACGAUUCAAAGUGGGACCAUGGGGCUACAGGAGUCAUAUCGGUGGCUAGCAAUCUGGUUCCUGGUUUAAUGCGAGAACUCAUGUUUGAAGGUAAGAAUCCAUCCUUAAAUGCAAAGCUUUUGCCUUUGAUUAAAUGGCUGUUUUGUGAGCCCAACCCGAUUGGGGUAAACACGGCUCUCGCUCAACUUGGAGUUGUGAGACCAAUUUUCCGGCUACCAUAUGCACCACUUCCUUUGGCGAAAAGGAUGCAGUUCGUUGAUAUAGUUGGGGCGAUUGGACGGGAGAAUUUUAUAGGAGAGAAAGAUGUUGAGGUUCUUGAUGAUAACGAUUUUAUCUUGGUUGGUCGAUAUUAGUGGUUCGAUCAAGUUAAAUAAUUGGGAGUUGGAAAUCUUUUUCUAAAGUUUGCCGGUUUUCCCAGUUUUGAGUUUCAGACAACAUUUUGUUCUCACCCAUGUUUGCUGCUAUGAAUGUUUUUAUUGUUCAUCUGUAGCUUGCAACUUGUUGCCAUUUCCAAAUUGUAGAUUAGUGUUGUUA